ACAAUAAAAGAAGAAAAAUAGAAUCUGGAGUAAAUGGAAAACCAAAACAAAAGCUGCCUUCAUAAAGAUUCGACGGAGGCCAAAUUAGACGUCGAAUUUGGAAGUCUCCGGCAUGAAGAUGAAAAGAAACCGAUCUAUGCGAACUCACUGACGGCGCGUGAGAUGGAAUCUCUAGUAGCGAUCUGCGAUACUCUGAUACCAUCGAUCGACGGGUCUGAAGUAGGACACGUGGAUGAUGGCGUCGCUGGAUACUACUCCGCCUCCGCUUCUCAGACCGGAGCUCCCGACCGCGUGGCGAGGUUAAUUAGUGAGAGACUUGACCACCCAAAGAAGUGGAUUUUAAGAGCUGCAAUGUGGUCACUCUCCACUUGGAUCGGAAGUCUCGUCUUGUGUGGUCGGAGAAGUUUCACCAGUGAGUUUCCUUACUUCCAGAGAUUCUGCCGGCUGCCGGAGAAACAGAGAGAAGAGAUAUUGCUCAAUUGGGCUUCAAGCUAUUUCUUACUCCUUAGAAUGCUCUUUAGGUCCAUCAAACUUAUCACUUCCCUUGUCUUCUUUACUCAGGUUGAUGAAAAAGGAAAGAACUUGGCGUGGAAAGCAAUAGGAUACAAUGGACCCAGCUCAGAUCACAGUGAUCAUGAUGAAGAACUUAAUGAGAAGAAGACGAAAAAGAAGAAGCCUGAGGAGAUCUUUGGACCACUUUACAAUGGCAUCAUCGAUCUUAAAAACCCUAGAGAAGCCGUGGUAAAGAAGUUAACUGGUCACGGGUUCAGAGUUUUAACUCAAAAGAGGAAUAAAAACGGAUCAUCCAUUUCUGACCCGGUGAUGACAAUCCAGUGUGACGCCGUGGUGGUUGGAUCUGGAUCGGGUGGAGGAGUGGUGGCCGGAGUCUUAGCCAAGGCCGGUUACAAAGUGUUGGUGGUGGAAAAAGGGAAUUACUAUGCAAGAAACAAACUUUCUUUACUUGAAGGGCAAGCAAUGGAUGAGAUGUACUUAUCCGGUGGGUUAUUAGCGACGUCUGAUAUGAACGUGGUGAUUCUCGCCGGGUCUACGGUCGGAGGUGGUUCAACAAUCAAUUGGUCUGCCUCGAUCAAGACACCGGAACAUGUGAUGAAGGAAUGGUCGGAAAACUCGGAACUCGAAAUGUUCGGAAGUGAUUUGUAUCGAAAGGCAAUGGAUGUUGUGUGUGAGAGAAUGGGAGUUCAAUGCGGAUUUGUAGAAGAAGGGUUCAAUAAUGAGAUCUUGAGGAAAGGUUGUGAAGAAUUAGGGUUAACGGUGAAGAAUAUUCCGAGGAACUCUCCAUCGGAUCAUUACUGUGGGUUUUGUUGCUUGGGAUGCAAGAAAGGUCAAAAGCAGGGGACUUCAGAGACUUGGCUUGUAGAUUUAGUGAAAUCUGGUAAUGGUUUGAUCCUUCCAGGUUGUGAAGCGAUGGAAGUCUUGUACGAAUGCCAAAACGGUAAGAAGAAGAAGACAGCGACUGGACUUGCGUUUGCGUUUGAGGAAGAGGUUUAUGUGGUAGAGUCUAAAGCGACGAUAGUGGCUUGCGGUGCGCUUAGAACGCCUCAUCUGUUGAAACGCAGCGGUUUGAAGAACCGUAACAUUGGGAGAAACCUUUGUUUACAUCCGGUGGUUAUGGCUUGGGGAUGGUUUCCGGAGGAGGAGAAAUGGCCAGAGAAGAAGAAAAAGAGCUACGAGGGAGGAAUAAUGACCGCAAUGUCUGGCGUUGUGAACACAGAAACAAAGACUUCUUAUGGAGAAACAGUGAUCCAAACGCCUGCUCUUCAUCCAGGGAUGUUCUCAGGGAUCAUUCCUUGGACAUCUGGCGAAGAAUUCAAAUCCAGAAUGCUCAAAUUCUCAAGAACCGCGCACGUUUUCACGCUUCUGAGAGAUAAAGGAACCGGAACAGUAAACUCCAAGAGCUGCAUUGACUAUAACUUAAACGAUGAAGACGAAGAGAGUCUAAAGAAGGGUCUUGAGAGAGUCUUGAAUAUUCUGAUAGCGGCUGGAGCUGAGGAGAUCGGGACACAUAAUUCAGAAGGUAAGAGUUUGAACGUUAGAACAGCGAGCGAGGCAGAGAUUGAGCGGUUUGUGAGAGAAGAGAGUUCAAAGGGCUUGAAGGAUUUGGCAGGACAGAUAUGUUCAGCUCAUCAAAUGGGAAGUUGUAGGAUGGGAAUUAGACCAGAAGAAUCUGCGGUGAGGCCAACGGGAGAGACUUGGGAGGUCGGAGGUUUAUACGUGGCGGACACAAGUGUUUUUCCGACGGCUUUAGGGGUUAAUCCGAUGGUCACCGUUCAGUCUAUUGCUUAUUGUAUUGGACUCAAUGUUGUUGAUGUUCUUAGGAGGAAGAUAUGAUGUUUCAUCUGUUUUAAUUAAAUUUUCGUUUUUCAUAUUAAAUGAAAGUUUUUUUUUUUUUUGAUAAAAAUGUGUGAACUUAAAAUUUAAGAAUUUAUUCAUUAGAGU